AUGGAUUUGGAUCCUACCCAUGACAUCCUAGGGUUCCACGUGGAAAGACAGGAACACUCGUCAAACAUCCAGCACCCACAGACUACUAUCGCUACUCCGACAGACGCGGUUGACAUCCUCAACCAUGCUUCGUUUCUACUCAAGGUUUUCCAAAAGCACGUUAUACCUCAACUUACUGUCGUUCCUCUUGGGAAAAAGGCCCCAUGGAACAUAUUGAACGUGCCCACUGCAAUAGUAACGCUUGCAGAUCUAACAGUCAUGGAGUCACAAGAUGUUACUCACGCCCGAUAUGCCAAUCUCUUUAGUCUCCUUUCAUGCUCUGCUAUGUAUCUUUCUGUGACACCAUCCUCUGGGUAUGGUGGUUCGAUCUUGACCACGGACUGGCAACAAGUUGCUUGUAAGGCGUAUUACGAGGCCAAGGCCCACAUGCGCAUCUCUUUGAGCGAAGAGACUGACGGUCCAACCAAAUCCAAGUAUAAGGAUCAGCUGAUGGCAAUAUGUGCGAUGAUAGAAUCUGCGGUAAGCUACUGCCAUGCUCCUAUUUCCUCUGGCCAUGUCGAAUCUUCAACUAAAGAAUUAAAGAUCUUCCUCGGCCAACAUCAAGACGUGCGAUGCUAUAUGAUCGACGCUGAGCGGCUCCUGCGUCUCCGCGGAUUAGUUAAAAGCAAAACCUCGCACAAAGCUCGCUUGCUAAUAAAUGUCUACUCGUGGCUGCGUAUUGUGGGUGAAAGUACCUAUAUUCUUCACGACUUCAGCCCAUCGAACCUGUUCCUCGAUACUUUGAGCCAUCAAAUCCGGAGCUGUGGACCCCCUAGAAGAAUCGGUGAUGUUUCGUCGACGAUGGGACGACACGUCCGUCUAGAUGACUUCCUUGACCUGGAGCACUCGGAUGACGACCUCAACAUUGACGAGCCAAAAGACCAGAACAGGGAUAUCCCCGAUAUUCACCUCCAUGAUUCGAGGAAAUCUGUACACACUCUUUCGAAACAAGCCUACGGUCUCUCGGAGACUUGGCUAAGCCUAGUCUCCUAA